AGUUUAGGUCGGAACGAUUAAAAUGUAACACCACAGCCAGGCAAGCAUGGGAGAUGGAAUGUGGUUUCUACACCGAUUAGUCUAUGCGCUUUGGCAGCAUGAUUUAUAACGUUGUCCAGACUCGCAGGAGAAAAUAAUGCAGGAUGUUGAUGGACAGUCGUGCUCGAUGAGUGCAUGGCGUUAAUGGCGGACAGCAGUGAGUGGAAGUCUGUACGGCGCGGCAGAGGAGGAGCCCGCAAAGGAAAACUGUCUCAGUUGGAAAAGACACAAGCCCCCGAGUCUGUGGACCGUGAACGGGACAAACGCAGAAUAACAGAGGCGAUCAAUGAGCUGAAGUGUGAAGACUUCUGGCCAGAAUGGAAAGAGAUCUUUUCUGGCUGCCUGGCUGAGACUGUAGAUAAAACAGUGGAAGGAACUGAUUGCAUUAUGGAGUGUAUAUGUUACGGCCUGGGCAACUUCUCCUCCUGUGUGUCUGCUAGAUAUCAGCUUGCUAUGUUGCUGCUGCUGUUGGAGGCAUUGCAGAUUCAUGUUGGCUGGUGUAGCCUGUAUGACCCUGUGUUUACGGUGUCAGAAUGUGAAACCCUCAGAGAAUUGGGCUUUGCUGUGCUGAUUGAAAAUGAGGAAGGGAAGCGAGCAGUAUGCCACCCCACCCUCUUCUACUUGAUGCAUUGUGGAAAAGCUCUGUACAACAAUCUGUUGUGGAAAAACUGGAGUCCUCAGAUCCUGCCAAAGGUCACCAUUAUUGGCAACAGUUUUCUUGGCAUUCAGGAGAGGAUGCUUCAGAGGGAGCUUGAAAGAGACUACAGAUUUCUUUCAGAUGUAACAAAUGUGUGUGAGGAGACAAGCCUGCCCUGCUCACAGCGUUUCCUAGACGUGUUUAAUGAUACCGCCCUAAUCCGGUUUCCUCUGAACAAGCUUCAUCAACUCCCAAAAUCAAUGUGGGAUGAGCCUUCAGAGCCCCAGUAUGAGCACUGCCAAGAUCUGGAGAUCAUCCAGAGAGUCAAAGAACCAAAAUAAAGCUAAUAAGUGUGCUUAAAA